CUAUAAAACGUCUACAAUAUAUAUCUCUUUGCUCUGUUAUACGAUUCUGUUCUUUCCUUCCGUGUCUCACUGUAUCCACCGUAAUUAUCGCCGUUCACUUCGAUAAAAAUCGUUUCUCUCCUUUCCCUGCACAACAAUCUGACGUUUUUGUACUCAAAUUUUCACAUCUCCUUCUCCAUUCCUCUCUCCCUCUUUUUCCCCGAUUUUUUUUUUCGUAGAGAGAGGGAUUGAUAGCAAUCUUAUGAGCCACAUCAUUACAACUUUCUGCCUCAUUUUCCGAGAAAGUUAGUGACAAAAGGGAGAGGAGAGAGAACAAAAUUUGCAGAUAUGCAUAAACUAUUGUGCCUCUCCUUUUCCUGAAGCUAAAACAGAGACUUACAAGAAGAAGAAGAAGACAACGAGGAAAAAGAAACCUCUGCUUUUAUUAUUCUCUGAAGCCAAAUACCAAUACAAUCUCAUCAGAAAUUAAUCGGAGAAGGAAAAGAAAAUAUAUGUUUUGGAAAAGGCUGUGAGCAAUGAUGUUUUGAGGACCGAAAAGAGCGAGGAGAGAUGGAUUUGGACAUGUAUGAAUUUUGGAAUGAAGAAAUUGAUUUCGAUUAUGAGUAUGAUGCAGCUAUGUACUAUGAUUUCACCAGGCCUGAAUCCGACUUCGAGUCUCUUGAAGCUGAGCGUUGGUUUGACUCCGCUGCAUAUUACCCUCCCUCACCUCUUAUUAUCAAGCUGAAUUGGGAGCCAAGUGUUCCAGUUAAAAGUGGACAUUCCUCUUUUAUUUGUAGAGCUGUUGAAAAUAUUAAUCGAACGAGUAGCAGUAUGGACUCUGAAGUAACUUCAGCAGCAGGAUCAGAAAUAUAUAGUGAAGCAAGAUCACAAACCAAGUCACCUCUAUCAAAAUAUUCACAUUUCAUGAAUCCCACAGCAAGUCAGUUGGCGAAGCAAAAUCGCCCUCCACAAAUUCAUUGCGAUCGAUUACUCCGGAGGUCUCAAAAAUUUGUCAAAAACGAGGAUAAAAGUUCAAGGAGCUCUUGCACGAAUGGAACCCAGGCUACCAAAAGGCAGAAGCUCGAGGCUGGCUAUUUAUGCAAGGUUGCUCGUUUGAAGCAUCAAUCUCAUUUUUUGCACAAGGAACCUAAAAAGGUUGGACUUACCGAAAUUCACACAAAACUUGCUAAACCUAAAGUUACAAUUCCCAGAGAACCAAAUUUGGAAACAGCUUUCAGGGCAGAAAGACAUAGGUCCAAGAUCAAUUUGGAUUUGGUUGAAACCGAAAAUUCAAAGCCUUGUACCUUCAGAGCAAGACCCUUGAAUAGAAAAAUUCUUGAGGCUCCUUCGCUUCCCCUCUCUAAGAAGAGCACUCCGCAACUACCGGAGUUUCAGGUGUUUCAUCUGAGGACAUCAGCAAGGGCUAUGCAACAUCAAUUUAUUAAUGAAGCAAAUUCACCAAAUUGUAGCCCCAGUCGACAGAAUGAAACUAUAAGAUCUAUAAGAGUAAUCCCAGUUGCUGGUUUAAAGGAGAAAUUGGAAGCACAAGAUAAAUUUAAAGCUCGCUGUCUUAAUAAAAAGGAACGUAAUUUUCCAACUGAUAAAAGAUUCCCAAAUGAGCCACCAAUUGAUUUAUUUAGCAAGCUCUCUUUGACAUCUGAAGUUAAUUCUAAUACAAAAUGUCGGUCAAAAAUGACACGGCAUUCAAAGGACCUGAAGGAGAACGCGCCAGGGUCUUCCCAUUUAGGACAGCAGAUGAAGAGCUUUGCCAAAUCUCCGAGGCUAGGUGGCAAUCAUUUUCAAUGUGGGAGCGACCGGAUGAUUUCUUCAGUUGUACCACAAAUCAACAGAAUCACAGUUGCGGCGUGCAUUUGACAUAUUUGUUUUCUAUUAUUGAUGGCCCAUUAUGGCAGGAGCUUGGACAUACGUUGAGAAUCAGAUUAGUCGUGCAGAAUAUGUACAUGAGUUAUAUGUAUAGAUGCCGAUAGGUUGUUUUGUUGCUUCACUAGCUUCCAGAGGGAAUAAUGUGUGGAUAUCCGUAAAAGGUAGCAAUUGCCCGAUAGAAUUUUGAAGACCAAAUGUACAGAAUGUUAAAAAGUCUGUGUUUCUGUUGGCUUUAGUUUAUAAAUAUAAUUUAAGUCUUCUCAUUACACUUAUAAA